AGAGUAUUUAUCUUAUUAUUACCACCCAUUUUACCAUCGGAUAUCUUUUCUGCUUUUCUUCUUUCAUGCAGGAGGCUAAUAACUGAAGCUAACUACUACAUACUAGUAGAGUAGACUAGACUAUAGUAUAGGAAUGGUACUCUCCUGGCUGGCUCAAGAAGGCCCUCAUGCGGCCAAACACCAUGAUUGGGCUCAUCCUGUGGCGGUAGUCGUCUGUCAUUACUCAAUCCUCAUUGUUGUCACCUUUUGGGUUCAUGAUUGGAUGGUUUUGAUGGAGGAUACCUCAUGGUCCAUGACAGAGUCCUGUCAAGCCCAUCGUCGCAAGGUUGGAAUCUUUUUGGUACUCUACUCGGCCUGGUUCUUGCCAUGGAGAAUCUAUUGGUCCGAAAACUGGGUUCGGCAUGCCCUCCUCUACGAGUACACAUGGUUGUGCAAUGGAACGUUGGUAUUGGGAUCCUUGGCAUCAUUCUCUCAUCGACCCAUGAUCUCCCUGGCCUGCUGUGUCACAGUGGGGAUUAACCAACUACUGUGGUAUGUGGACUUGUUGGCGUAUAUGGCAGUUGGAAAGUUUCCCUUGGGCGUGGCCACAUAUUUAACCUGGCCCGAAACUACCAAUGCGAAAAGAGUCACCGUCACCCAUCAUCUUUGGACCAUACCAGUACUCAUGACAACCAGUGGAGGAGACUACCCUUUUCCCUCCUCCUAUAUGCUUUCCUUUCUACUCAUGGUCCUCAAUGUUUGUCUGUCGAGAGCCAUGAUUCCUGCUGACAUUCAGAUACCUCUGGCAGUUAAAGGCGAAGUCAAGAUGCAAACCAAGUACUUGAAUGUCAAUUUGUCACAUGAACUAUGGAAAGACAUCAAGUUUGAAUGGCUGCAAAUCAACUAUGACAAUCCGCCGGUAUUCCUUUACUUGUUUCGUUUGCUGUGGCGAUGGCAAGGAUUCAAUACCAUUGUCUUUGUCACUCUCUGGCUGCUAGGUCGAGUAUUCUUUGCCGGGGACAAUCACAUCUGUAAAAAUUAACUAGGAUUGACCGAUACAUGUAACGGAACAUGCACAAAGCAACAACAUAAUAAUGCCCUUUUUGGCGGCCCUUCUAGUACAAUGAUUAGGAUGUAGGCUACACUACUCUUGUGGCCACCAGACACUCUAGCUAGAACUAUUUCCCGUGGAACCAAGACAUCCAAGGCUGGCAAAAAUCAAAAGAUACUCAGAUAAUCGUGUUGAUAGAGCAGCAAUUUCUCUCUGGAAUUCCAACCAAGAAAGCCAAAGACCUUAUCAAUUGUCGUGUCGGAUGUACUGUAGAUUGAUGAUUGAUUCGAUUCAUUGAAAUGUGUUGUGAAGUAAAUAGUGAAUUGUAGGUUGCUGUCUAACAGCAAUUUUUGAGAAUUCCGUCCUUUGCCGUGCCAUUCAAGUCAAUGCCUUGAUUCUUGCUAUCGCCGUUUUCAUUGCCCUGGGAAGCUCUCUGCCGCACUAGUUCGCCUGCCAUUGUGAGGAAAGCUUCUUCCACAUUCUUGGAACUUUUGGCACUAGUCUCCAGCACAGCAAUUCCCAAAUCAUCAGCAAAUUCCUUUGCUUGCUCUUCUGUGACUGCCUUGUCGGCUGUUCGAUCGCAUUUGUUGCCGACAAGCAAUUUCACCGUCUUUUCAGCAGCAUAUCGAUUCACUUCCUUCAACCAAUCGUUCACGUGAUCAAAGGACUCCACAUUGGUUGUGUCGUAGACCAUAAUAAUACCAUCGGCGCCUCGGUAGUAUGCCGAUGUAAUGGUUCGGAAUCGCUCUUGCCCUGCCGUAUCCCAAAUCUGCAAUUUGACAGUCUUGCCAUCAAUCUUCACCGUUCGAAAUCGAAAAUCAACACCAAUGGUGGAGAUAUAGGACUCGGUGAAUGCAUCAUCCUACAAAAAGCAUGAAGAGAAAGAAUGCAGUGUGAGACCAAGCAACGAGAAGUUUGUGGAGCAGAGUGCUGCGCCACGGAGCUGAAUUUUCGAAAUUUCGGCUAGACCCACCGCAAACCGUAGCAGCAGGCAAGACUUGCCCACACCGCUAUCACCAAUGAGCACUAGCUUGAAGAGAUAGUCAUAGUCCCUUUGUUUUUGUCCUGAACCAGGUGCCAUCAUUGUCUACAGAUCGGUUUCUCGUGGAUUGAUUCAAUGUCUGCUGAUGAUGAGAUGGGUCAAUGCACCGGAUAGAAAAGAGGAC